CAACGACAUCUGGCCACACUGCAGUGAAAAGGAAAACAAGAAGUCGCAAAUCCAAUCACCAUUGCAAUUUUGAACACCAUUCCUUUGCAUAACUAUUCCCCACGCCGCCGCAUCUCUGAUGCCCACAGACUGGCGAUGAAGCCCCAGAGCAAGCGGAAGUCGUUCCCAUUCAAUGCGCCUCCUCCGGGCGGAAUCAUGGACUUCGGAUUCGGGAGCUGCAGCACCUUCGGCAAUUCGGUGGAGAAUGACCUGGUAAAAUGGCAGCACAAGCGAAAAUCCGAGCAGCCGGCACCCGCAGUGCUACCACCCAAAAUGCUUAUAACCGAGGAGAGGAUCACCCAGCAUUUCAGCGGUCUAUCGCUGGAUCCGAAGAUCAAUGUAGCCGCCUCCACCGUUGUUAGCAACAACAAUAGCGUGGCCAACGUUACGGGCGGACUAGCCACGGAUGAUAUACCGUCUACCAGCACCGGGAAGACCCAUCACCCCAAUCCCGCCUAUCAAAUGGCGGCCAUGGAGCUGGAGCAGAAACUGCGCAAUGCCAAUCGCAUUGUGAUUUGUGAUGGCCUCAAGCCGGGAUCGGGUCCCGGUUCCGCUCCACCUGUAAUACCACCGGAAUGGCUGAUCAAGGCCAUACCGCGUCCCUGCACCGCCUUGGUGCCUUGGCAACCGUCGCCACUGCAGAUGCCGAUGCCGGGAGCCAAGAUGGUGUCGACCCAAAUAGUGGCACCCAUGGCUGCGGCACCGGCGGUCCAGGAGCUGGACGACUACGACGACGAUCUGGAGUUCUUUGAGAACAACAACACGUGCAGCGUGAACCUAAACAAGUCUGAGCAGGAGCACAUGGACGAAGACCUGUAGCGAUAGCCAUAUAAAACCCUAAACCAUAAGCAUUAAAUUGUAGAUUUGUAUGUCCGUAACCGUAAGAACCCAGUUGAUAGAAUACAAGAAUACUCCGCUUCCUUAUUUUGUAUUACUAUUGAAAAUA